CACUUCCUUGUGGUCAGGGUGCUGCUGCUGCUGCACUUCCUUGUGGUCAGGGUGUUGCUGCUGCUGCUGCACUUUCUUGUGGUCAGGGUGUUGCUGCUGCUGCUGCACUUCCUUGUGGUCAGGGUGCUGCUACUGCUGCACUUCCUUGUGGUCAGGGUGCUGCUGCUGCCGCUUCUGCACUUCCUUGUGGUCAGGGUGCUGCUGCUGCUGCUACUGCAUCAUCCUGGUGGUCAGCGGCUCGUUACUGCAUUACUGCUGAUGCAUUAUCUGGUUGUGGGCAUGUCGCUGCUGGUCAGCGUGCUGCAUCCCCUGAUGAAGAGAGGGCUUCUGUAG